AUGUCCCAAUCGAAUGGGCGCUCCUUACUCCUGCAGCAGAACAAGCAUAUCCUCUUUGUCGACGCCCGCAACACUGGUUGGAGCUGUGUAUUUAGUGCUCAGGUGGCAUAUGGCUAUCGCAGCCACAAAGAGACAAAGCAGUCUAUCAAUUGGAGAGCGAUGAAAGCAGUACACCUGGCACUUCAAACUUCUUCAGGUCUCAAGAACACCUCAAUAUUGGUUCGCACGGACAAUGUCACGACCACGAAUAUCCUGCAAAGAGCGUCAUACUUCUUUGCAGGAUUUCCUUCAAUCCCCUUGCACAAGGCAUACCCUUGUGCAUUUUAUUUCAUCAUUGGUACUGCUUUAAUAAAGCUUUAUAACAAAGUAGCAUAG